AUGGAAAGAGUUGAGCAGCCAAUAUCUUAUGCUGUUAAAACAGAGAAAGGAACAAUCAUUCGUAGAAAUAGAAGAAAUCUUCUUAGCACGCCGGAAACAUUCGAUCUGCGUUAUGCUGCUGCUGAUGAAAUGGAGAUACCACCUAACCCUUUAGCG